UCCAGAAAUAUCACUGCAGAAGUAGUAGCUGUUUCACUCUGCUCUUACAGCCCUUCCCGCAAAGAGGCACGCUGCUGUCGCUCUGUGAUUUAAACAAGCAGAAGCCAUGUCUUUGAUAGCCUCCGCUUGGCUCAUCAUCCUGUGCAAUGUCUGGUGCUUGAUCCGUGGGGCUUCUGUGGCUGUUCCAGAUAUUGCUGUGAGAUGUGCUGAAGAAGUGCUGCUGCCCUGUAAAGUUCAUCAGGACUCUGCAGUCACCUACCAGACAGUGUCUUGGUAUAAAAUGGCCGGACACGGUGAAGGAAAAGCAUGGAAAGUCCUGGAUGUGGACUCUCACUAUCUAGAAGAACUUGGUGGGUCCCUGGAGCUCUCCAACGACACUCUCUUUUCCCUGAGGAUCAAAAAUGCUACCAGCCACAACAGUGGGAUAUAUAAGUGCACUUUGUGGGAACCAAGCGGAGAACGCAAUCUAAGUGGCACAGUCACACUGAAAGUAUCAGGUACAGUAGAGACUCUCAGCUCUUCUGUGCUCUGCAUGGCAUUUUGGGAAGAAAACAAUUUUGAAAAUGUUUUACAAACACCAGAACAGUGUAACACCUUCCUCUGUGUUUUAGGUUGCCCUGGAAUACCAGAAGAUGAAAAAUGGAAAAAAUACAAAGCAGAACUUUUCAUGCUGACUUGCCUUGGGAUUUUUUACUUACUGCUCAUCUUUUUUACCUGUACAUGUCUAAGAAAAGAUAGUAUGUCUCCCAACUAUCAUAAAACCAGAAAAGAUAUGAAACACAUGCUUGUCCUCAUCAGUGCACAUGAAAUGACAACUUUCCAGGAUUUAAGCAGUGACAGCAUGCACGAAAAUCAACUUCCUUCAAGUUCUGUCUAAGUUGAGGUUGUUGACGGCACUAUGGGCUCAUCAGUAAACAUGACACAAGAUGGAUAGCUGAGUGGUAUGGAGAGGAAAUAAACGCUAAUAUAUUGCCUCUUCAGGACAGUCUGAUAGUAUGGGCAAUCUGUCAGCGGUCUGCUUGCACUGGACAAGUCUUCAAAAAGGAUUGUUAAGCACUACAGUAACUGUCGGGUGUGCGGUGGCUAACAUGCACCAUUGCAGCUAUACUUCUGUGUUACAGUGCUAUUAUGAAGCUGAAAUAAACUUCAUUUCACUCUUCUUGUUCUGAACAAGACUGACUACUCCUGUGAUAUGAAGACGAGGCUAUAGGGAGGCCAUGGCAGCAUAAAGCCGGUGGAUUAAGCUCUUUGCUGAACUAACAGCUCUCAUCUUUCCAAAAAAAGAAAAAAAAAUCAAGCACAACAGUUGCUGCAGUCAGAAAUUUUUAGCAAGCUAAGCAUGCAGGGCUCUCCCUGCUCUGCUCUCUGAGCUCUCAUUCCAGAUCGAGUGCCUUUACUGCAAAUGAGACGUAACUCGUAACACAAUGUUAGCUUAUCACGAAGAAGUAACUGCAUAUAGUUGUCCUGGAUGAAUCAAAUCAACUUUUUUAAAUCUCAGAGUGACAGGCUGAAAUGUAAGGAAGGAGAAAAUAUUCUGGAAAUCCUUCUGGCCCGAAUGGAACUUUUCAUCCCUUUGGGAGAGGUAACGAUGGAUUUAUACAAUGAUCCAUCAGCUAUUUCCAAAGGCAUCUCUAGCCGGGUCCUUCCAAAGGGAACUGCAACAAGACUGUUAACUUUAAACCAACAACAACAACAAAAAAGGCUGAAUCAGCACGUGAUAUUAAGGAUAUGCAAAGACAAAUUAUUUUGUGUUUUAUAAACCAUAAAACGAAAUGUAUGCAAUGCCUAUGUCAGUGGAGUUACACUAGUGAUGACCAAGGUCAUGGCUCGGAAGAAGUCAGCCAUCUGUAUCUUUGGAAUAUAUUGAGUCAGCAGUGAGAUACAGCAACAGAAUAUGGGGCAAAUGCACAUCUGCUCUUGGUGUUGACAGUGCACAGUAUAUGUGAAAUGAGGAUAUGAGAAAAAGCCAAGCUCAGGCACAUAGUACUACAGACAGGAGACUCGUGCUCUUGGACCAACGACAGCAAGAGUCUGGAGGCUAAGAAUCAAGGCACCUCCCUUGUCAGGGUGCCAGUGCAGAAGCUGAAGCAAGAGAAGUCUAGAGUAAUUGUAGAUGUUUAUGCUGAGGAUGGAGCCGCAGCGUGAGAGUAUGCAAUCACCUAAGAGCACAGCCAAUGACCUCUACAAAAAAAGUGAAAUGAAAUCCUUCAAACGCUAAACUGAGCUAUUUGGUUUUCAUUGCAAUCUGGAACUCUAGGCUAUGUGAAGGAGGCUCUGUCUGAAAUCUUUUGACUAAUUUUGAAGCAUUGACAGGAGAAAAGCACCAUGAGUCACUCAGCAGCACCCCUGUGAGCGGAGUGGAUGUUUACACUGAUAGACUUCCAAGGGGCUCCUGUCCAGAAGAAUGGUUACAUGAGAUAUGUAAUUUAUUCAGGGCACGGUAAAUUAAUGCCACAUUUGCUUUUUUAAUAAUCAAUUUUACAUAUAAUGCAUGUAACAUACUUGAAA